AUGGAUUUCAUAGACUCAGACGAAGAAAAUCCCAAAACAGGCUCAUGAAUCUCCAUCAAAAAUCUUAAAGCAGCAGCUGACGUGCAUUCAGUAUAUCGCCAACAAAGCCGAGGAUCGAGCCCAUCUUCUUCUCCAAACGCUUCGCAGAAUUCUAGCAUCACAAUGGAAUGGAAGCCUAAUACAUAUAUAAACCAAAGCAUUUGUUUUAGCUCAAUGCAUGAUCAUUAUUGUGAAGAAAUAAUAGACUCAACCCAAACCUUACUGAAUGAAAGUGACGAAGGCUUAGCUUAUAAACAAGAUAUCGAUGCUAUGAGAUAUUACAUUCAAAGUAAAGAAAGUAUUCCAUAUAUGUUUAGACCUGAUUAUGUUUAUGCAGAUUUAUCCAUUUGUAAUUAAAUCAAUCUAAAACAGCAUAAAUUAAGGAAGCUACAAAGGAGAUAUCAACGAGACAUUGGGAAAUUAAAAGAUGAGCUUGCUCAAUCCAAAGCUGAGACUGAAGCAGCCCAAAAAGAAAUUUAUUUUUUAAAUCAAGAAAUAUCAAUUAAUUUUUGAAUAAAACAUCAUAAAAAAUAUGAAAAAGAAAUUUUAAAUUAACGAGGAAAGCUAUAGAUAGAAUGCAACAAGAUUUUACUCAGCAGCUGCUUAAUAAUCAAGCAAGGCAUGAAAGAAAACUCCAAAGAAGCAAACAAGAUUUAGAUGCCUUAAUAUCUGAAAAUAACGAAAAAACAGCGAUUUUUGUAGCUGAAAAAUUAAGGGCGAUCCAUCAAGCUGAAAUGGAUAAGUUGAGGGAUGACUAUGAAGAACAAAUAGAAAGGCUAAGAAUGGAGCAUGAGCUAGAAAUACAGGAAAAAGAAGAAGAGUAUGAGAGCAUAAUAAGCAAAGAAAACAACUUCAAAAUUGAUGAAGAAAGGCUUGAAGAAAUGGAAAGGGCACAUAAAAAAAAUAUUGAAUCGUUGGAAGACAAAUAUGAAGAAGAGAUAGAAAGACUAAAAAAACAGAUACAAAAUAUGAAAGAAGAGAGGCCAAAAAAGAAUUUAAUUAUGAAAUUUGAAGAAAAUAAAAUAAAUGAAAAAGAAAUUCAAGAACUACAAGAAAAAAUCCAAAUUUUCCAAGAAGAAGCUCAAGAGCAACGCAGAAUUAUUGAGCUACAAAAGAAGACCAUUGAAGAUCUAAGUAAAGAACUUCAAGGGACUUUUAAAAAACGGCCUGCAAAAAAUCUGAAGCUUGAAGCUAGUAUUGAAAAAGACUUAGAAAAAGACCUCAAAGGCUUAAUUGGACAAAUAAGGUAAUUUCUAGUUAGCAAUUAUUUGGACACGAGUGAUCCAAAUACGUCUAGAGAUUUUGGUGACACUCUUCGGACUUUGCAAAGCCGAAUUGAGUUUCUUGCAAGCUCAGAAAAGCUGAAUUUAUAA